UGGCUUUAGGUGAACGACGUGGUGAGGAGUGGGUUUUGGGCAUGAGAAGUCACAGGGCCGUUUCCUAGCUUCUCUCUUCACUUCUCUGGGUCUUCUCAGAGAAAGAAGGCUGCAGUGGGUAGGCUGGGGGCGGAGACUAUCAGGAAGAGAUAGGCCGAAGUUCUACCCAGAAUACACGCCAUGUGGUGGACGCUGGUUGGGAGUCUCGUUUGGAAAGAGUCUGUCAGCUCUUGGGGAAGGGCAGGGCGAGAGCUGAGCGCCUGCCGGGUACUAAACGAAAUGAGAGAUAUUAUGAUGGGCCUUAGUACCUCUGGAAAAGUUUUCCUGAGUCCGCUGUGAUCCAGGAAUCUUCAUAGUGUAGUGUUAAGAAUUCCAAGUUCUGAAGGUAGACCUGCAUUGUAAUCCUGGAUUCACUAAUUUUCGAAAAUUACUUUUCCCACUAAAACACACCAAGUAUAUGCCCAGCCUUCAUGAAAGUGAAAAGAGAAACGAAGCGCCUUUAUGUGGGUGGCCUUAGCCAGAACAUUUCUGAGGCAGACCUACAAAAUCAGUUCAGCAGAUUUGGAGAAGUUUCGGAUGUGGAGAUCAUCACACGGAAAGAUGACCAAGGAAACCCACAGAAAGUUUUUGCAUAUAUCAACAUCAGUGUAGCAGAAGCGGACCUGAAAAAAUGUAUGUCUGUUUUAAAUAAAACAAAAUGGAAAGGUGGAACAUUACAAAUUCAACUAGCAAAAGAAAGCUUUUUGCACAGAUUGGCCCAAGAGAGAGAAGCAGCAAAAGCUGAGAAAGAAGAAUCAACAACAGGUAACACCAACUUGUUAGAAAAGACAGGAGGAGUGGAUUUCCAUAUGAAAGCAGUGCCAGGGACAGAAGUGCCAGGGCAUAAGAAUUGGGUUGUGAGCAAAUUUGGAAGAGUCUUACCUGUUCUUCACCUUAAAAAUCAACAUAAACGUAAAGUCAUCAAAUAUGAUCCCUCAAAAUACUGCCACAACCUGAAGAAGAUAGGGGUGGAUUUCUCAAACACCAUUCCUAUAUCCAGCCUGACUUGGGAAUUAGGAGGAGGGAAUGACCCUAUGAGUAAGAAACGGCGAGGAGAGUUCUCCGACUUUCAUGGCCCUCCCAAGAAGAUAAUAAAAGUGCAGAAGGAUGAGAGUUCCGCUGGGUCUUUGGCCAUGAGUACAAGCCCCAGGAGGGUAAUAGAGAAACCACCCUUAACACAGCAACAGGCUGCACAAAAAAGAACUUGUGAUUCCAUUACUCCUUCUAAAUCAUCUCCUGUACCUGUUUCUGAUACUCAGAAGCUUAAAAAUCUACCUUUUAAGACUUCUGGCUUGGAAACUGCCAAGAAGGGAAAUAGCAUUUCUGAUGAUGAUACUGAUUCUGAAGAUGAAUUGAGAAUGAUGAUUGCGAAAGAGGAAAACUUACAGAGAACUACACAACCCUCAAUAAAUGAAUCUGAAAAUGAUCCUUUUGAAGUUGUAAGGGAUGAUUUCAAAUCAGGCGUUCACAAACUGCAUUCUUUAAUAGGUUUAGGUGUCAAAAAUAAUGUCUCUUGCCAUGAUAGUGAUGAUGAUAUGAGAAAUGAUUGUGAGUAUGACUCAGGAGAUACAGAUGAAAUCAUUGCAAUGAAAAAAAAUGUUGCUAAGGUCAAAAACAGUACAGAAUUUUCACAAAUGGAAAAAUCUACAAAGAAAACUUCUUUCAAAAAUAGAGAAAACUGUGAGCUUUCUGAUCACUGUAUUAAACUACGAAAAAGAAAAAGCAAUGUAGAGUCAGCCCUCGGUCAUAGAUUAAAGUCUCUUAGUUGUAAAUUUCCCUCUCACUCCAGUAGCAGUGAAGAUGCUGAUUCUGCAUCAGAAUUAGCUGACUCUGAAGGAGGCGAGGAGUAUAAUGCCAUGAUGAAAAACUGCCUUCGUGUGAAUCUCACUUUAGCUGAUUUGGAACAGUUGGCUGGCAGUGAUCUGAAGGUUCCAAAUGAAGAUACUGAGAGUGAUGGGCCAGAAACCACCACCCAAUGCAAGUCUGACAGAGGCUCCAAGAGCCCCAAGACUCCCACUGGUCCCCGCAGAGGCCGACAGUGUAUUCAUCCUGAGGAGAUUGUGGCUUCCCUGUUAGAAGGAGAGGAGAACACCUGUGGCAAACAGAAACCAAAGGAAAACAAUUUAAAGCCAAAAUUUCAGGCUUUCAAGGGAAUAGGCUGUCUAUAUGAAAAGGAGUCAAUGAAAAAAUCCUUGAAAGACAGUGUUGCCUCCAACAAUAUUAAUAAAGAUCAGAAUUUCAUGAAACAUGAGGGUCCCAGUGUCAUAUCCAUGGAAGAUGGGUCCCCAUAUGUUAAUGGCUCAUCAGGUGAAGUGACUCCAUGCCAACAUGAAAAGAAGGCGAAUGGCCCAAACUAUAUUCAGCCUCAAAAAAGACAGACCACUUUUGAGAGCCAGGAUCAGAAGGCAGUGUCCCUUAGCAGUUCUGAAAAGAGAAGUAAGAAUCCUAUUUCUAGGCUGUUAGAAGGUAAAAAGUCCUUAAGUCUUAGUGCAAAGACUCACAACAUAGGCUUUAACAAAGACAGCUGCCAUAGUACCACAAAGACAGAAGCUUCAGAGGAAGAGAGGUCUGAUUCAAGCAGCCUCACAUCUCUCAAGAAAUCACCAAAGGUCUCAUCCAAGGACACUUGGGAAAUCAAAACUGAUUUCUCACUUUCUAUUAGUAAUUCGUCAGAUCUGAGUGCUAAAGAUAAGCAUGCUGAAGACGAUGAGAAGCGUUUGGCAGCCUUGGAAGCGAGGCGAAAAGCAAAAGAAGUGCAGAAGAAGCUGGUGCAUAAUGCUCUGGCAAAUUUGGAUGGUCAUCCAGAGGAUAAGCCAACGCACAUCAUCUUCGGUUCUGACAGUGAAUGUGAAACAGAGGAGACAACGACUCAGGAGCAGAGCCAUCCAGGAGAGGAAUGGGUGAAAGAGUCUAUGGGUAAAACAUCAGGGAAGCUGUUUGAUAGCAGUGAUGAUGAGGAAUCUGAUUCUGAAGAUGACAGUAAUAGGUUCAAAAUUAAACCUCAGUUUGAGGGCAGAGCUGGACAGAAGCUCAUGGAUUUACAGUCGCACUUUGGCACUGAUGACAGAUUCCGUAUGGACUCUCGAUUUCUGGAAACUGACAGUGAAGAGGAACAGGAAGAGGUAAAUGAAAAGAAAACUGCUGAGGAAGAAGAGCUUGCUGAAGAAAAAAAGAAGGCCCUGAAUGUUGUACAAAGUGUUUUGCAAAUCAACUUAAGCAAUUCUACAAACAAAGGAUCAGUAGCUGCUAAGAAAUUUAAGGACAUCAUACAUUAUGAUCCAACGAAGCAAGACCAUGCCACUUACGAAAGAAAAAGAGAUGAUAAACCAAAAGAAAGUAAAGCAAAACGAAAAAAGAAAAGGGAGGAAGCUGAGAAACUACCUGAGGUGUCUAAAGAAAUGUAUUAUAAUAUUGCUAUGGAUCUGAAAGAAAUAUUCCAAACUACAAAAUACACCAGUGAAAAGGAAGAGGGCACAUCCUGGAAUGAGGACUGUGGUAAAGAGAAACUUGAGGAAAUCCAGGACUCUGCAGCUCUGACCAGUGGCGCUGAGCAGCCCAGCGGGUUCACGUUCUCUUUUUUUGAUUCAGACACUAAAGACAUAAAGGAAGAGACUUACAGAGUUGAAACAGUGAAACCUGGAAAGAUUGUCUGGCAGGAAGACCCUCGUUUACAAGACAGCAGUUCAGAAGAGGAAGAUGUUACUGAAGAAACAGAUCACAGAAAGUCCAGUCCUGGAGAAGCAUCAUUACUUGAGAAAGAGACCACUAGAUUUUUCUUUUUCUCUAAGAAUGAUGAAAGACUUCAAGUAGGUUCUGACUUAUUCUGGAGAGGAGUAGGAAGUAAUAUGAGCAGGAACUCUUGGGAGGCCAGAACAACCAACCUGCGUAUGGAUUGUCGAAAGAAACAUAAAGACGCAAAAAGGAAAAUGAAACCAAAAUAAUAAAUGUCAGUUGGUUUUGAUCCUGAAUGUGAACAAGGCUCACCUAAGGAAACUGACCCAGAAAACAGUUUUCGCUGACAAAGAAGAAAUUUCAGAGUGAAGGAAUUUUAAAAAUCUGGCUGAUGGAAUAUCAUUCUGGUUGCCAUCUUUUUCUGUGGAACUCCUCUGCAUUUCUUCCUAAGUAAUUACUUCAAAAAUUAAAUUAAACUUCUUAUAAAGGAAGAACAAGAUAGUCCUUGAAAAUACUUUUUGUAUAUAAUCUCUUUGCCCUCUAUGUAACUAAUGGACAUCUUCUCAUGCAAGGUUUACAUGAAGCUUUUUUUAAUAAAUGAGUCAAAACACUUGUA